CAUAUCAUUUACGUGGAAAGAAAAAUAUGGCGGCACCAAAAUACUCUGCAAUUCAAUUGGAUGACUCUGAAGAAGACGAAGAGUUGAUUGUAAGUGACACUGUACUAUUAAAACAAGAGCUGCCAAAGGCAGGGGAUGAUCUGCAAUUUCAUGAAUAUACAGAAGUAGCUCUACUACCAAAUGCUGAAGGCAAAGAAAAGUCAAAAGCAGAAAAAACCAAUGAUGACAUAAAGAUACCCACAAGAACAACAUUACUUGGAGAUGAAUCUAGCGAUGAUGAAAAUGACAAAACUGAGCUUCUUGCUGGACAGAAGAAACAACCAUCAUUCUGGACAUUUGAGUAUUAUCAGAAAUUCUUUGAUGUUGAUACAAAGCAGGUUUUGAAUAGAAUCUUAUACUCUAUGCUUCCAACAUAUGGACGGAAUUUUCUAACAACAAAAGUCCGACCAGAUCCAGAUUUGUAUGGGCCAUUUUGGGUUUGUGCAACACUUGUUUUUACAAUUGCAAUUAGUGGAAACUUGGCAAGCUAUUUCGCGUCAGAAGGAGGAACACAAUGGGUUUAUAAUUUUCAUAAAGUUACGUUCGCUGCCUUCGUCAUAUAUGGUUAUGCAUGGCUUGUCCCGUCAGCUGUUUGGGGAUUCUUGCUAUGGCGAGGAAAUCAAGCUGGCUUCCUGUUCUUAGAAAUUGUUUGUGUUUAUGGCUACUCCUUGUCAAUAUUUAUUCCAAUAUCGAUUCUUUGGGUUUUGCCUCAAGACUGGUUAAGGUGGACCCUUAUGAUCGUCGGUGUCAUUUUAUCAGGAUCGGUCCUUUGUCUAACUUUCUUCCGAGCUGUUGAAGAUGAUGAUCGGAAGGUUCAAGCAUGCACAUUAGUCGUUAUCCUGUUAUUGCAUUGCGCAGUUGCAAUUGGAUUCAAGCUGUACUUCUUCAAGACACGAGCGGUUGCCGUUAAACAAAUAGUGAACGAAAUCAGAACAACAACCCGCGCCUUUACUACUUCCUCACGCUACGUUUGAAUAAUGCCUUUAAACUGAAACUAUCGCAUUUGUAAUUACAGUAAUUAAUUAUCAGGUUAAAAUAUUGUUAAUACAGUGGAAGUAACGAGCUCUGAAGAGAACCAGAAAAUAGUUCGUUAUAUCGGGAGUUCGUUAAACCGAGAGAAAACGUUUUUUAGGUUUUUUCGCAGUACACGCCUUAAGAAACCUUCGGUGUGCCUGUUUAGACUGCAAUUUCUGUACACAUUGAACUCCAAAAAACCAAGCUGAGUUCAAAUAAUACUACUUGUUGAUUAUUAAAAAUUAUAAUCUUUAUUUUCCUCUUAUGAUUUGGGACCAAGAGAUUGGCAAAGCUGGUAUCACUUCACUUCUUUUAGCCUUCUUCUGCUUCUCCAUCUGGGUCUCUCAAUUAAAUCUUGUCAUCACUCAUUGCCAAUGUCUCAUAUGUAAGAAGGUAUCCGUUAGUGUCAGUGUAUCCAUUCGCAGUAAUUUCUGAGGCAAUCAAACUUUCAUCCCGUGCUCUGAGCCUUAUCAGCCAGUGCUUCAAAUGUUUCACCAACAUGUUUUGCCGAUGACAAAAAUAGUUUCCCACAAGAGAAAGUGGUAAAUGAACUUCAAAAAAUAAAUAAACGAAAAUAACAGAUGAAAAAUUUAUGAAAAGUUCGUUAUAUCGAGAGUAAUUAUGAUGAAGGAACCUAAAAAUUGGUUCGUAAUAACAAGAGUUCGUUUUUCCGGGGUUCGUUAUACUGAGAGACUUUGUAAGGAGUUUGUUAGGCAGAAUCCAAGGAACUGGACAUUUAUAUCGUUAUACCGGGAAGUUCGUUAUAUCCGGGGGGUUGGUUAUAUCUGGAUAACACUGUAGUUGCUUCAAUGUAUGCAAAAUCUUCAGUAUUUUCUUCCUAUAUCCUGGUGAAAUUUUGAGCCUGUAUACAAGUUCUGCCCGAUCUUUUUCAAAAUACUGCGAAUUUCUUUUUUCGAUCUUUUUACAGUGGCCAUGUCCUUGUUGUUACCUCUUACCUCGUUUUUGUCGUGAUUGUUUCAUCCUUUGCUCUUUUUUGACACUGCAGGCAAUAACUGCUUCAGCUAAUACCGCAUCACAUAUACAGCAUCCCAUUUGUUCUAAUCUAAUUAUUCUAACCAGGGGCGUAGCUAGCGGUGGGUGUAUGGGCGGGACACCCCCUUCCCAAUUCUUCAUGAGUUGGUCGGUAAAUUUCUAGUUGGUGCAAAAUUUCCCUGGAUUUUUGGUAAGAUCGUCUAUCGGUAGGUAAAAUAGCAUCCAGAUUUAUCUUUAUCCAUGUCUUCGUCAGUAAAUUUUUCUACUUAUGACCCUUGACUCCCUAGUCUGGAAGGUCAAGCUACGCCACUGAUUAUAAUGUUGUUUGCCUCCAUUUCCCUUUUUUUGUUUUUCGCACUAUCCGAAGAAAAAAUCCCUUUUUUGCAAUCAAUACAACUUAUCUUGAUGCAACAGGUAGUAAGUCUGCCGUAAUACACUCUUGUAAGUCUGCGGUAAUAACCAGUUUCUUGAUGAUGUUUUAUGAUCACUUUAUUUUAAAUUGCGUAAGUCAUCUAGAGAGUUGCAAAGACUUAAAAAUCUUAAUUUACAGACAAUAGCUUAGUUCAUGUUAAAAGUUCACUUUUGAGAAAUGUUUUCAUGAAACAAGAUUUUCCUUUCUUUGCCGUUGCAGUUUACCAUGUCAAGAUAAAGUCCUGUGUCGUGACUUGAACAGAUACGCAGCGAAAAAAGCUGAAUUAUAAAACAUCAUUAGAAUUCUUCCCAACAAUCUAUUCAUUCGAACAAUUUAUUCUUUGCUUCUUUGACAUGAUAAAGUUAAUAUUCUUGUGUUAUAUCAUACAAAUAUACAAAUCAGUCAUUAUGGGCCUAGUUUUUCACUUUCUCUUUCUGUCCAUCGAUUUUAUUGAAAUCAUUUUCGCUACCUGCAUUAGAUUGUGGCUGUAAACUGAAGAAGCACAUUCUUACCCUCUGACUUUUUGUUUUAACGUUUUCAAAGAUAAUCAUAAUAAUAAUAACGAAUAUUUCAACAGGAUAAAAGCUUCAACAAAAAUAUUGCUGAUUUCAAUGCCUGUCCUGCUUAAAAGAAAUGUUAAGAACCUAACUUACAAUUUUAUAACUAUGAAAAAUAUUACUAAAGCAUUUGCAAGUUUCUGAAACCGUUCGGAUAUUUCUGAUAAUUGCAUCUUGACGUUACUUACAAAUUUAUGAAUAAUCCUUUUGCAGAAUUUUCUAUUCUAUUUUCCUACUUCCUAAUCGACCUUAUCUUUUUAUCGCAUUUGUUGGAUGAGCUACUGUUGCAACUGCAUAUAUAAAAAGGUUUAUAUACAAGGCAUACUUUAUUUUAAGUAAGCGUUAUUGAAGGAUUCAAAAAUGUGUUUUAAAUUAGCAAAACAUACUUAGAAAAAGCAUUAAAUGGCCGUGAACUUAGUUUUAAACCAUAGAAUAAAGUCACUAAG